GGGGGGCAGCGCGGGGCGUACGAGCGGCGAGCAGUGGCUGGUGGCCGGCGGCAGCGCUCGGUGAGGCGGGGAGCGGAGCGGCCGCGGGUCCUCUCCCGAGGCGGCCGGCUGGGGAGCCCCUUGUAAAGAUGUUAAACACACGGGGCGAUGGGCUUCCUUCCUCGAGAGGCCGGGGGAGCGGGCGCCUGCGGUGGUCUGACGGGCUGCGCUUCUCCACCAGGUCCCGGGGCGGCGGGUGCCACCAGCCGUGGGCUCUGCGCCGGAGGAGCGCCGAGCCUGUCCUACCAACAGCUCAAGGACUUGAAGAAGACCAGCGUUCUCCACAUAGACGUGCGGGAGAGAUGGGAGAUCGAUAGAUCUGGUAAAAUCCCGGCGUCUAUCAACAUACCGCUGGGUGAAUUAGUGGAAGCUCUACAAAUGGACCCAACGGAGUUCAAGGAGCGGUACAAUCAAAAGAUGCCAUCUAAGUCGGACCCUGUGGUUUUCUCCUGUUUGGCAGGAACCAGAAGUAAACAAGCACUUGGGUUUGCCAUGUCUUUGGGUUUCAGCAGAGUUCAGCAAUAUGCGGGUGGCUUUGAGGACUGGAUAAAACAUGAACCUCCAGAGACAAAAUGAAGGUAACUCACCCAGCCCUUACUUCAUCAAGGCUUCAGGAUGAUUUGUAGGUUUUGGCAUUCAAGCUAUGUGUAUUCCACUCCCAGAAUACAGCACACUCUUCUUUUCUUGUGUAAAUGGACACUCAACUUCAAAUAGCCAUGCAUGUUGGUUGCUUGGUUUAAAUUAUAUUUAAAGACUGUGACAUGAACAAAGAACAUUGAAUUUGUUCAACCUUUACUUUGAGCUAUGUUUUUUGGUGAACGUAUGUAAAGAAAACUUAAGAACUUUACUAAGAUUUUUGUAUGAUGUAGUUUAUGGCUGUUUAAACUAAUGAUGAUAGAAUAAAUAAAUUUAGCCUUCCCCAAGUAACUCUCUUUGGUGGUUUGUUUAGAGUAGCUAAACUGCAGAUAUUCUAAUGGAAUUGGGGUAACUUUCCUAAGCAUGGAUUUAUUAUACUUCAUGUGUAGCUGGAGUUCUAAAAUAGUUGUUAUCAAGGAGUACAAAUGUUUAGGUUUGUAUUUACACAAUUGUAAGGCCAAAACAGCACUACUGAUCAGAAAACACAAACGGAAACUGACCUGAUGCUAGAAUAUUUGCUGUUCAAAAUGUUGAUUCCUUAUUUAGAAGUGUAUUAAUUUUUAUAUGCAGAUCUGUUUCUGAGCACAAAAUGCUGUAGCGUUCAGUCGACAGCUUCUCUCAGCAGCUCAGUAUCAAGUGAGAACUUGACUGUACUUGAAGUUAUUAUUAAAGAGAAGUAAUAAUUUUAGGCUGGAAAAUGUAAGGAAUCCAAGGAAGUUACUAAACCCCCUUUCUUCUUUUAUGUACGUUAAUUUGCAUGUCUUCAACUUUGAAAAACAAACCAACCCAUUGCAUCUCCACCUGUAAAUACACAUAGUCAUCAUUGUAAGGAUUUUUUUGUUUGCUUGGUUGUUAUUUUCAAUUCUGUUAGCAUUUCAGGAGAACUAGCAAAGGUGAGUUGCUUUGACCUCUAGAAAAUUGAAGUCCUAGCAAAGAAAUUCAGGACUCUUCAGGAUGUCUGGAAGAAGGAAUUCAAAUUUCUGGUCCUGCUCUAACCAGUAUUGCAGGCACAGUGCAGUUAUCCUAUGGCUCUUCCAUUCUGACAGUGCAGUCUGCAUGGUGAGAAGAGGACCUAAAAAAUAAACCUUCUCAAGUUUAGAGAACAGAGAAGAAAAAGUGACUUAUCUUAAUAGAAUUUUAUUUCUAGUAGAUCCAGCAGUCUCUGCAGUCAUUUGUUUCUAGACAACUGUAGCUGGCCCAGCCAGCUGUGUUGCUGGACAAUGUAUCUUACAGGGAUUUCUGUUCUCUCCAGUAAUAAUUAAAAACCAUGUAAUGUAGCUGUCGUAAUAAUGAGUGCCUUUUUUUUCAAAAUACCAUUGUCUUUUUAGUGGUCUUAUUGCUACACUUUAUUUUCAAUCCAUUAAAAAAAACCCAAACAACUUAAGAACCAGAAUUUAGACCAAUUUCCAAAAUAAAUGCUUUAGUUUAACUGAUGAAUUAAUAGGAGUAAGAUGAAAUUAAAAUGCCAGAAUGAGUAAGGAUGUUACCUUGUGGUCAGUUACUCUGCACUAUCUUACUCUGGAAAGGUCUUUUUCAGACUGCAUCAGGAGGAGUAACAGAUGCCAACAGUUUUGUUGGAUUUAGCUAAAUCCUAUGAUUUUGCCUGUUUACCAUGACUUAGACUGUCAGUUCCACCAGUGCUGUGGGCACAUAGUCAAAGGGACAGCCAAAGCUCACUGUUGGCUGUGUUGUGCCAGGACUCACCAGGACUAAUGAUGCCUUUUGCUCUAGAUCACUAAGGUCACACGGAAAAUGUUUAUCUAAAUGUGUAAUUAAGCAUGCCUAGCUACAUUGAUUGAGACACCUGACUUCAGUGUGCAAAUGAACAAAGCAAGGAGAUCUCAUCAACUACACUUGGUCAGAAUUUAAUCUAAGCAGCCAAUGCUUCUUUUUGUAGUUUAUGUUAAAAUUUGUUGGGAAUACUUAGAACUACAUAACCUCAAAGAAUGAACAACAGUUAUAUUGGGUCACACCAAGAUCUGUAUAGCCCAAUAUUUUCUGUUUGGCAGCAACCAGUGCUAAAUAUCUAAGGAAAACAUAAAACAGGGUAAGUGUGCAGUGAUACAAUCCCCAGAUUAUUCUCAUUUACUACUUCUAGUGCUCUGAUACUUCCUUCAGGCUUUGCAUGUCCUGGUAUAUUUGGGUAUUUGUAAAUUAUCAAUACAAACGCCUGGCAUUCACAGCAGGUGGCACUGGGUGUAACAAGGUGCUGUGAAAAGUUUCCCUUUGUUGCUUCUCAGCUUGUCACAUAUUGUUUUCAUUGCAUGCUCCCAUUUCUUCUGUCAGAAGUGAUGAACAGUUGUCAUCAGUCUUCACACUAAAGAUUUUCCUAGACCUCAGCUAUCUCUUCUGAGCUGAAGAGUUGUGGAUUUUUUAAUAGGAAAGCCACUCUGUAUCACUUAUUUUCAUAAUUUUUAUUAGUUGUGGUAGAUACAGUUUUUAUUAAUCUUGGUAGUUUUUUGCAACGUGUUUCUCAAAUUACUUGUAUCUUGUCAAAGUCAAUGAUCCUUUGUGUCUAUGUAUCUUCCUUAUAUGGAUAUACAGAUAUAUUUAACUUGCUUUUCAAACUAUGGUUUUUGAGUUAACUUGUCUGAUCCAGUUCAGUUUGCUUCCAUUUAGAUUUUUCCUCAGGUCUUUGGCACAGAUGGCCUGUGUUUGCUUUGAGACUCCACUAUCACCUGUAACCAUGUAUCUCAGACGAUUUUCAGCUACUUCUCUUUUAAAGAUACACCUUAUUUUUACACAUUUCUCUCCUCUGAAUGAAGCAUGGUAAAGGUAGGGUUUUUUUCUGUCCGGCUGGUAGCAAAGCUGCUGAAUUCACAUCAUCUCCUAUCUCCUGUUGUUCCAAUUUACAUAUUUCUUUUCAUAACUAUCCAUCAUCGCUGGUAGUUCUUUUGACUGCACUUCAUAUCCUUUCACUGUUUACACUGGAAUCACAGCUGGUAAAACUAUCCUAACCUCCCCAGUAGAGAAAUUGCUUCUAUUUAUCAUCACGAAGUGGCUGAACUUUCAGCUCUGAGGUUUAGGUCACACAGCUAAUUAAGGUGUGAACUUAUGUCCACAAAGGUUCCUGAGCAGCAAGAAAACUUUUAGUCACUCCAGACAUAAUUCUUAAUUAAUGGUGUGAAAUCCCUGAUUUCAAAACAUUUGCUCUCAGCAGAUUAUGUGGUACUGUGAGAAGACUGAUGUUUACCUAAAGAACAGUUCCUGUUAAAGAACUCCACACAGCAGUCAAGUUGCAUUGAUUUAUUUCUACUCCCCCAGUCCACAUUACAAAUAGCACAUUUUAGACUUCAAGAAACAGAGGCAAAUAGCCAAAUUCCACUUCAUCAAUCAAGUGUCUAUAAAAGAUACGGAUCAAAUGACAACAAAAGUAGCAAAGACCAAGAUGUUUGGGCUUGUUUGCCUAAUGUUUUACAAAAAUGACCUGAACAGAAAUGAAUGCUAGUAGCCAAAGGAGCUACAUACAACCACAUUUCGCUGAAUGACCAGCCAAUUACAAAGACAGACAGUUACUCACAAAAACUGUUGAGGUUUUUUUCAGGGGAUGGUUUGUGGAACCAAGAUGCAUCACAGAGCAAGAGUUUUUAAGAAUUUCCCUCCAGGAUUUCAGACCACUGACAUGUGUUGUUUCGGGGAAAAAAAAAAAUAAAUAAAAAAGGAGAACCAUGUGACUGCACUCUAUCAUUCAGUUUUGAUAUUUUUGGUAUUAUUACUCAAAAUGAAGUUGUACAGAACUUAAUUAGAAACAAAGUUACCUAAAAAUCAAGAAAUUUGAUUUAGGCCAAUUCCUGACUUCAGUGGGAUAACUGCCUGAGUAAGGAACACAGGAUACGGCCUUCUGCUUGAAGGAAUCUUGUUUUCUCCAGCACAUAGUUAACCAAGGAAUCCCAUUUCAGUUAUUCUAAAAAGUUGCUCCUAACAUCACAAUUAGCCAGUAUGAAGCUCACCGAAAGCCUGAACUUCUUAAAUAAACUCUACUGAACCACACAAAUUCACACUAACAGUGAAGGCAGACUAACAGCGUUUAUCUCUUGUACAAAACAAAAUCCAUAAAAAAUGGUAAUCAUAUCCAGAUUGGUACUUGAUUGUGAACUAUUCCAAUUGUACUACACAGAACGCUUACUUGCAGAAAAGAAGUCAUAGUAUGUUGGGUUUUUUUAAUUUGUAACACUUGAAAUGUUUAAGAAAACUGCAGAAUGACUAUAUAUAUUGCACUUCUCUGAUCAGCUGGGCUACUGUGCUUCAUGGCAAAAACACCCUCCAAGUACAUCUACUGAGUAAAACAGCUUUCUGCUAACAGAAAAAAAA